AUGCGAUCCCUUCGAUUACAUAAAUUAAUUAAUAUUGCUGCUUUAGCGAGGUCGCAAUCGGGUAGUGGCGGAGGGCGAUAUCCACAACGCGAACAACAACAACGCUUCGGUGGCCCUCGCGAUGGUCGCCCAUCUCGGGAUAGGCCCCCGCAAAACUUUUCACAAGGUGGCUACCGUAACUCCUUAAACGAGCCACAGUUGGUGGCAAAACUCCUGGAACUUUUUCCGAGUGAGAAACCGUGGACGCCAAUAAAUAAAUGGGCUUCGUCCAUCCCCGAGGACAUUCAAGAGGCACUGGUUCCUUUUGGGGGUUUAGCGCAGUUUGCCGCAUCGCAGAGCAAUUUCUUUAUCGUGCGAAAGGAGAACGGGACUGUGGUUGUUUCUCUUUCCACAAUGGCGUCUACACUGUGCGCUAAAAGAGAUAAAAACAUUAAAAAACGUGAGGAGAAGGCGGCUAGCUUCUCUGCCCGUCGUCACGAGGACCCGCGGCGUCAGAGGUGA